AUGAUUACGAUUCGGGAUGUAAAAUUAUCAGUAAAGAAGAUGAAGCGUUGGCAGCUAGAAGCUGUGCGAAUUACCAUUUAUCUUGGAGUACCACUUUUUAUGUAUGGUGUUAGUGGCAUGCCAAAGGUGCAAGAGUAUGUUUAUAAUAGUAAUGUUUUCAGUAAUUCUCAUUCAUUACCUUUUACCCAAUUGAAUGGCAUUAAACUUACAUUACAACAAGAUCACAUUGUUCCGGUUGAAAAUACCUUAUGGUUAUGUAUUGUUAUUAACAUUUUAUCAGAUUAG